UCUUGGUAGUAGUACAGUAGGGAAGAAAACACAUCUGUCGACAACCCGCAUAAGAGGAAUACUGUACCUGAGCCGCUGUAAUAAAUUGUGUGUGUGACUGCAAAAAUGUGUCCAAAGAAAAGCUUCUGUGUUCAACAAAACAUGCCUUCUACUCUGCACUGACAAUGAAAAUGGUUUGACAGCUGUCAUAAGUCUUGGGUGACAGACCUCUUUCUAGUUAACCGGAUACAACUGCCACAGAAGAUGGAGGACUCUCCUCACUUGUACAUCUCUGAAUUUGGAGACCGUGAUGAUAUGGAGCAAGGGAAGAAAGAGGACAUAUAUCAAGAGAACACUAAUACGGAACCAGACAUGAUAAAGUCAGUUGGCCAAGAUCCCCAUAAAAAUCCCAAUCAUAAAGCUGAAAAAGACUUGAACUCUUUUCCCUGCCAGCAUUGUGAGAGACAUUUUACCAGCAAACAAGGCUUGGAACGGCAUAUCCAUAUGUUGCUGAACAAUGAAGCACAUGCACAUAAAAGCAAUAGUAAAAAUACGUAUUUUGGUGCAUAUCUAGGUCAGCUGCAGAAUGAGAAGAUGACACCUCUGGAUUCAAAGAGCUCAGUCAUGCUUAAUUCUUCAUCCCCCAUUAGCUCUGAUACUUCCAUUUUGUCAGUUGAAGACGACACUGCACAGCCAGACAAACAGCUUGUAUCAGAAGGCCAUUAUGCCUGCAACUACUGUGAAAAUAUAUCCACUAAACAUAACGACAAACAACUCUAUGAACACAGGAUCCAUAAGAAGCACCUGCAACUUAAAGAAACCAACCUUCGUGAAGAGAAAAAUCACCAGAGGAUAUUCAGUGAAACAUCUCAAAACAUUUCAGGGUUCGGUGACUGUUCAGCAUCGUCAGCUGCUCUGUGGAAUGAAAGAGAACACACAGAACAGUUCAUGCUGGAUGUUUCUAGCAAUAUUUCAGAGAAUUUCAGCUUUUACAUAGAUGGAAAGAUAGUGUCAACAAGUACAGUCAGUACCUGUGACGCUGAAGUUCAACAUGGCUCUUCAACUUUAGUUCGUCGGGAUGCCCUGAUUCUAGAUCCCGCCCAAAUAAACCAGGUUUUAUAUACAGAAUCACUUUCAGGUAAAGAGAUACCUGGUCAACCAUUAACCAAAAGAAGAACUGCAACACCACCCCUUUUACCGCAAAUUGAAACAGAACUGGAGUCAAAUGUGGUUGUGUCUUCAUCCUCAUCAUCCCUUGUGUCUUCCUUAAUAGAGAAUACACUUCCUCAGAAAGUAGAGUCCACCAUUGUGCAGAAGGAAAGAACAGUGUUUCUGUCACCUAAACUAAAGCAGCUCCUGGAGAAGCAGGAUGGCAUUGAACCAACUCUUGCACUCAUCCCAGAUGGCCAAAAGCCAUGUUCACCAGUCUCCCUUUCUGUCCUGCCGGCUGGAGGAGGGAGGUUUACAAGAAGGACUGGAUCCCCACCAAUGUCCCCACAGGAAAACCCGACAUAUAACGAGGAAACAAUGCCACUAGAUACAGCAGACUGUGAUGCUGUGAGCACGGCACAGCUGAAGACUCCCCAGAGUUCACCUGAGCACCAAACAGCCAAUGAGAAGGACGACACAACUCUAUCAGUGGAGGAGCCAGCAGUGAAACCUGUCUUUUCAGAAAACUGGACUCCCGUGUUAGGAGGACCCUGCUGUUUGGAGCUCCACCUACAUAUAUGUGUCAGUGAUACUAAAGGAAGAGAACUUCUUAACACACUUCAAACACCAUGGACUCAAAGAUUGCAUCACAUUGUACAAUGAACAACUGAAUUGCAGACAGUAGAAGAAAAUUGAGGAUACUGCAGUGAGUGGAUGACUGAGUAUUUGAAUGCUUUUGUAGCAGCUUACAGGUUUUGUAAAUUUCUCCUUUACAAAAACAUUGUCACCAUCUUGGAUUUUCACUUUGAAGUUAAUCUGACUGCAAAAUGUCAGAAAUUGAAGAGGAGUGGAAGGAAUGACACUGGAAGGCAUCUCUCAUUUCAUAUUGGCAGGUUAUUCAGAAGGGGAAGGCAGGUGGCAACCGUUUUCAGCAGGCAUUUGCACUUUUUCUUUUCUGUUGUCUGUGGCCUUUUGCUUUUAACUCUUACUGCAAGAACUUGUAUCACCCCUACAUUUAUUAGGAUUGUUUAAAAUGGUGCAGUUGGGCAUUUAAAACUGAAUCUAUUGUGGCUCUCUUGAUCUGAUUGAAAUUAAAAAUUGUAAUCACAGAAAAUACAUCAAGAUUGCCUCUAAAUAAAAAAUAACACUGUAGUAUUGUGGCAAUUUGUUGAUUGUGGCAUUGCUAUUUACUAUUAGAGACUAAUUGCCAUUUUUGCAACAAACUUAAUAUUAUCUCAUUGGUACAUCCGAAUCUUGAUUUUUUUUUGGAUAUAUAAAUUGCCACGUUAAUAUUUAGCUAUUUAUUUGAUAAAGGUUUUGAGAAAAUUGUGUCAUCAAGUUGAUACAUGACCAACUGUGUCAUGAAGUUGAAGUGGAAAAACUGCAGAUUGGAAUUUUCCACAUACCUAACCUAACCCAAAAGCAUUUUUUUCAUCCUACAAAACUUGGUGUAAAAAGUGGCUAAAAGUGCCUGUAUUAUUUUAUAAAAAGGUUGCCCUAUGCAGCCCAAUGUCAUAUGUCAAAAUUUAGGUAAACAGGCCACCACAAAUUGAUAAUUUACUCUUAGAAAAUUAAAAGAUUCUUCAGUUUGAUGUAUUCACACUGCAGUUCCCAAACUACUAUAAUUAUGUACUGCAUCAUAGCAAAUAGAUGUAUUCGAAGUUAAAUCAGCAUUUAGUGCUCAGCCUUUCUGCAAUAUAUAGUUGUCCAGUUUGUGGACAUUAUUUUGCACCCGAAUACUACAUGGAAAUGUGGAACUUUUUUUUUUCAUACAACAGCUAGAAAUCAUCAUUUAGUAAGUCCAGUCUGUUUAUGUCGUCCAUAGUGUCCAAACACUGAAUCAUUACUUAUAACCUGUAUAACAGUCGUCAACAUUGAUUGAGGUGUGUUAGACGAAUACAAGCGUGUACACAACAGACAUUUUUAUGAAGAGUCACUACUGGAUGUAUGAAAAAAACAAUGUAUGAGGCAAGUUGUCACUAAUCUCUUAGAGCUUGUUUAUUGUAUAGUUAUGUCAAUGUAAUAGAAUUAUGUAUAUUGUAUAGUUUGAGUCCAAUUAAAAGUAAAAUUCGACAGUGGCUUAUAUCUAGAAGAGAGAGCGCGUUAUGGUACUGCUAUUUUACAUUUUUGCAUUUAGAAAAUUGCUGGUAAUAUUUCUUCAUUGAGACUGAUGUGUAGGAUGUACUGGUCCUUUAAGGAGACUAAUAUUUAACUGUGAAAAGUGCUUGUAGCACUUUGAGCUUUUAAUUGAGCUUUGUAUAUUUAUUUAAAAUCAUGUCCUCAAUCUCUGAACAGUUUGUCUGUAUGAUUUGCACUUAAGGGUUUUCAAGCAAGUAUCACAAAAAUGUAGAAUGUUUAGGUUAUACGUGAAGUUUGUGCAAAAUGUCUUUAAUAAAUGAAUCAAAUUAAUAA